AUGCGCUGUAGCUGGACGUCGGCGAUGCCGUCCACCUGCGGGUGGACCCCCGUCGCCGGGGGUAUCCUUGCGAACCGGCUCAUCCUCAGACACACCGUCGUCCCCGAGUCCGAGCUCAAGGACUUCAUCUACACCAACAAGGGCUACGUGUUUGUUUCCUUUAUCAAUGGCGCUGAGGGCUAUGCUCUUAUCAAAGAGAGCGACCUCGAGCUGAUCGACCGCCCCCUCAGGGCUGGUGCCAUUGUUCGCCGCGGCAAGAACGAUUCCAGGCAUGGAACUGUGCUGAAUGCCACCCGGACUCUUGAUCUGGAGUCAAUCAUGGUCAGGGUUCCGGGCGCUCCGAACGAGCCAACCUUCCAGGACCAGGGCGUUGCGGGCACAACCCCAACCAGCAUGUGGCGUAUCCAGCUGUACGAUAUCCCCGCCAAGGAGCUGCGCGGAUACGAGGAGUUUCGCCGUGAUGACUUCGUUCUCAUUGAUGAGAAACUCGCGGUUGUUGAGAACAUUGCCUGCGACUGCUUCGUGCAGCUCGUCAAUGGGACCAUUACCAAGCUCCCCCACGACGCCAAGAUCAAUGCCCGCGAUGCGUUCGCCAUUCCUACGGCUCUGUCGGAGCGUGCUCUCGUUGCUUCCCCUACUACUGAGGAGCAGACCCAGAUGCCUGUGCAGAUACAACCUGGUGUAUGGCAUCUCCUACUCCGCCCUGACUCUCUUCGUCAGCUUCAUCCCGGCCAGCGUGUUCUUGGAUCUCCCGAUGUAUUCAGAGCGUUGCCGUUCCUCAAGGGUAGAUUUCGCGAAGAUGUCAUUCAGCAGCAUAAUUUUUUCGAAUGCAACAUCCUUGGCCUAGUGCCGGCCAAAUACCAGGUGCGCUGGAUUUGUACCAAUCCCUUCCUGGCACGGGUUCCUCGCCUCGGCCCGCUUCGAGAGCAAUUUACCGCGGACGCCUUCCACAGCCAAGCUCGUAAGAUCUUGCCAGGGUCUAGACGCAUGGAUAAGGCCCCUGGUAGCACUAUCAUGGCUCCUGCAGACUAUUGCGUCGGCGCCCAUGUUAUGUUUCGGGAUAUGUGCGCUGCUGGUGCUAAAUACCCUGACAUGAGAGUCUUUCCGACUAUUUUCGAAAAUGAUUUGAACAUCUACACCGUUACGGCUACUAAAACACAGGUUAGCGUUCUGUGGGAGGAUGGCUCGCAAACAACUGAGUGCUCCAGGGAUCUUUGCGUAGGAAUCGCCCCUGAGUCGCACGAGGAUGAGGAGGAUAUCCUCAUGCCUGGAAGUCUUGUGGUUGCUAUCAAUGGCAUCUCAGAGAGCAUUAUUCCUCGCGAGGACAGACUUCUUAGCCUUUGGCUUGCCAGAGAAAUGACGAACGACCAGAUUUCAUGCAAAAAGGUUGGUGUCGUGCAGAAAGUCCAGAAUAACACGCAAACCGUGACUGUCAGAUGGUUUGAAGAACCCUACGUGGAGCUGCUCCAAGGAGGGUCUAUCCUAGACAUGACGUCUACCUUUGGUAAUAUUGAGGAUAAAGAACAUACGGUCUCCACGGAUGAUUUGGAGAUGUACUCGGCCCUGAGCCGCCGUGUCGGUGACCUUAUCAUUUUUGCUCCUCCGAGAGUCAGCCAGGGCAUGAUCGACAACGCAUCCGGGAUGUCGAAUAUUCCCGACGUUGGAUUCUGCCAUUUGGAGUUUCUGUUUCCGGUGAAGCUUGCCGAUAUCACCGAGUAUGUGUCCUCGCUGCGAGUUCGACUUGUGGCGCAGAAGUGGUUCCUUGAUUCCACGAUGAUCGAGGCGGAAGACCCACUUGGCCUAUCGGGUGUCUAUUUCCUUGCUCAAAUUACUCGUUGCAACCUGGAUGGCACACUGGCCAUUGAACCUUUGGGUGACUACGGUGUUUACGGACAGAGUCAUUAUGUCUUCAAGAUUGACCAGGAGAGAGCUUUGCUCGCCAUCCCCCGAGACACUGGUUCGGGCCUGUGCUUUGACGAUAUUGAGGACACACCAUCUGGAUCUGAGGAUGUCUAUGGUGACCGGGGCUCAAACGGUGUGUACAGCCUUACAGAUGUUUCUUAUUCAUCCAGUGACUACGACGAGGAUCAUAUUGAGCGGAAUUCGGCGAUUAUUUCUCCAGGAGGACCAGGUUAUGAGGCCGAUGAAUCUGAUUUGUCGGGAGACGAUGGGUUUAUCCAUCCGAGUCGCGACGAAUUGCUUCAAGAGCUCGCCCAGAGCAUACUGUCUGUCCUUAGUCUCAACACCGAGGAAUCUCCCCCAACUGAGCCGACUUCCACUACUGGGCAUCACACUGCUAUUUCUGCAACCAGUGAGUCUCAAACGGCGCCUAUCGCCUCUUCAGAUGAUAAAGAGCAAAGUCAACACUCCUCUUUUGGUCUCGAUGGAGUGAGCGAGACCAUACCCAUAAUCCCUCCCGAAUCUCCUGACAGCGGACUCAUAACUGAAGAGACCCCGUGCUCCCCUUACUCUCCCUCUAAGGUUCCUGACUACAGCGAAUCUUUCAAAAACAUUCCUUCGCGCUGCCCCGACGCAUUCUCUGUCCUGGAUGGAAAGCCCCCGGAGGAUCACCACUUCAUUGACCAGCCCCAGGCUGUUCCCGAGGCUCUUCAGCGUCUUCUCUGGGAGUUCUCAAUUCUCCGUACUUCCCUUCCACCUGGCAUUUUUGUGCGGUCCUGGGAAUCACACAUGGAUCUUCUGCGGGUGUUGAUCUUUGGCCCGGAGGAUACCCCCUACGAAUUCGUUCCUUUCUUCUUCGACAUCUACCUGGGUGGAAAAUUCCCUAACGAGCCCCCGGAGGUUUGCUUCCACAAUUGGAAGGACUCUCCGUAUGAUAUCAACCCCAACUUCGAUCCCGAGAACGGUCACGUCUGUCUUAGUUUGCUGGGGACUUGGAUGGGAUCGGCCACGGAGCGGUGGUCGAGAGAUUCAACCAUUCUGCAGUUGGUUGUUUCCAUCCAGGGUCUCGUCCUUGUGAAGCACCCAUUCUACAGUAUGUAUCUGCCGCUCUGUUUCCCUUCCUUCGUGCAGCUGCUUACCGUACUUUUCACAGAUGAAACAGCCUGGGAGUACAUGAAGCCUGACGGGAAUGAUUCCGAAUUUGCAAAGCUCUACCACGAGAACGUGUAUCUUGCUUGCCGCUCACAGCUUUGCAACAUGGACUUCAAGAGCAACCCUGGGUUUGAGGAUGUACUCGUGUGGUACUACGUUCCUGACCCGGACGCCGACUCCGAUAAUGACGAUUUCCCAAACAACCCCACGCGUCGACCCAACUAUUUGCACAAGGCUAUUGUGAGCCUUAAAUGGGUGAUUGGUUUCCAUCGCAUCAGCAUGGAAACAAGGAUGCUUUUCGCUCUCGACACUGGGGUCACUGAGUUCAUGGAGUGGUUCAGCAAUGACGCGCUCGAGAGGUUGCAGCCGCGGUACAAAACGCUGCGGGAGAUGGAAAGGAAGGCUGUUGCUGCUCUUGACGCUAUUUCGGUUGCUGCUGGCGAGGUGGAUUUGGGACUUCAGUAA